AUUGUCAUUUAAUGUUAACAAGUAACAAUUAAUUAUCUCUAAUGAUCAGUUUUAAUUAAAUUGUUCCAACAACUUAUUUUAAUUUUAAUUCUCUUACUUUUUUCCUCUCUUUCUUUUCUUCUCUUUCUUUUUUCUCUUUCUUUCUAUCCAUCAGCUGUUUUCCAUCAUAACAUUUUCUUCAACAACAACAAUUAAUUUCUCUCUCUUUUAAAUUGUUUCCAUUUAAUUUAAUUUCCAUUUUUUCUUAAUUGUUUCUCAGUUUUAAUCUAAUUUAAUCACUGAACUUGAAUUAAUACUAAUCUAUUCAAGAAUAGAAACCAGAAUAAUCUUUUUGUUGAUUUCUUUUGGCUUUCAACUCUUUGGGUAUUUUGUUUCUGGUAAAAUCAUUUACAUGUUACGCUUUUACUUGUUUCUUUGUUUUUAAUCAACAAAUUGAUGAUUAUUUUCAUCACCUCAGUGUUAUUUAUAAAUUAGUGCCAAGUGUCAAGUUUCCAGUCAAUGGUCUCACCCAAUGUUUUAAUUCAAUAUGGAUCCUGUCCCUUCAUCACCAUCAACAUCUUCACCUUUCAACAACAACAACAACAACAAAAACCAUCACCACCUCAACUGAUUGAUUUAACAGAUGACCAGGAUGACGAUGAUGAUGAAGAUGAUUACUUUGAAUCUACACCUGGUGAUAAUUUGCUGGUAUCAGCGACCAACAAUUUAACUAAUCACCCUGACUGCGAUGAUUGCGAUUUGGAUGAUGGUCAAAUAUCGAAUUGUAAUUGUUUAAAAAAGAUCGGAAAUCAUGAUGGUCAAGAGGAAGAUGAAGACGAUGAUGAUGAGAUUAAAGAUGAAACCGAUUGGGGUUUCAAGGGAAAUUACAAAGGAGUUAAAGUGAUUCGGAGGCGAGUGAAAAAUUCAGUUUAUCCUGGAAGUUCAAAGAUUUAUGAUGUAAAUUGUUCAAAUUGCGAAACCUCACAAUCAUCUGCAGUUAUAUCACAAGAGAAUCAUCUUCUUCACCAUGGAGAUAAUGAAUUUCUGGGAGCCUGUGGUGGUAGAAAACAUGAAAAUGGUGAAGGAGGAGUUAGAAUUGAAGAUGAUGAUGAUGAUUAUCCUGAGAAGGGUGUUAAUGAUGCCAAGAAUAAUCCAAGUAGAUUAACUGAAUCUAAAGAAAACCAGAGUCAUAUUAAUGGAUUAGUUAACAGAAAUUUGGCCGAGGAUAAAGAGGAAGCUAAUGAUGGGAAGAUAUUAAACUGUCAAUUGGAUCGAGAUACUAAUCCAUCCGAGAAUAGAGUUAAUUUUUUGGAGAAAACGUUUGUCAAGUGUAUUGGUAAACGUAAUCAAAAGUGGAUUUGUCAAUUGUGUGGAUACAAAAAUUUCAAUACCUGUUCUCAGUGUGUCCAAUGUGAAAGGCGGAAAAAAUCGUAUUCUGGUCCAACCGUUGAAAAUUAUUCUCAAAGGCAACCAAACCCUGAGAAGAUCAAUGUUUUUAACGGUUCAUCAUCUUCCUCAUCCUUUUCAUCAUCAUCAGUAUCACCAUUUUCUUUGGGAGUAACAUGUUCAUCUUCACCUUCAUCUUCAAGCUCCCAGAAUUCAUCGACACUUUUUACUCGAAAUAAUAAGAAAUUAAAGAUAAAAUCAAGCGAUGAUAUCAAUUGGAUCUGUGAUAAGUGUUCUUUCAGUAAUCUUUUUCUAGCUAAGGAUUGUAUUCAUUGUCGACGGAGUAAACAAUUUCAAAGAAAUGGUGAUCCAGAGUCAACAGAAUUUCAAUUAACUAAUUGUCUCUUGUCACACUUAAUUUCACCAGUUCAUCAACCUCAGUACCUGCUCGAAACUAAACGCCAAUGGAUAUGUUCAAAUAGAGAUUGUACUUUCGUUAAUGUCGCUUCGACCUUUGCUUGUGUUGUUUGUGAUACUAAAAGAUUAAAUUAUUUGGCCAAAUCGGAUAAUCGGAAAAACGGGAUCAACGUUCGUCAAGCAAAAUUCAAAGCAAGAUUAAGGAAACACGAUUCCGAUGGAUCAUCAAUCGUCCCUUCAGAAGGUGUUAAUCCAAAUGAUGUAAUGAUAAUCGACAUUACAAAUGAUGAUUCGCCCUUAAUUACCCCAAGGUUAUCAUCAUCAUCUUCAUCGCACCAAAAAAAGGAUUCGUUAAAAGCUAGUACAUCAAAUAGUCAAGGAUUUGCUCCAUCAUUGUCAACAUCAUCUUCAUCUUUUAAUUAUAACUGCCAAGUAGAAAAAUGUAAAUCUUUUAACGAGGUAACUUCAUCUUCAUCAGUUGAACAAUCAACGUGCUUACAAUUAAAUGUUCAAAAAGAGUUACCAUCAGAUGAAUCGAAACAAAUAAUUACUCAACAACAAUCAGAGAUAAUGAUUUCAUCUUCUUCAUCUUCUUCCUCCAGUUCAUCUUCCUCAUCACCAUCUUCAUCAACAUCCGAUUCGGACAAUGAUAGUGACCAUAAUUAUCCAAAUAGUGAAGAUGCCAAUAGUCAAACGGAUGAUAAUACUUUCUGGACUUGUCACCAUUGUAGUUUAUCAUUUAAUUCAUCGUCAUCUGAUAUUUGCUUAUAUUGUGAUACACCUCGAAAUCAACAUGAAGGAUCUCCGAUUAAUUUAAUUCCUCGAGAUGGUACAGUUUCAUAUACAAAUAAUAUGAAUUCCAUUUGUUCCCGAUUACCUUCAUUUCAAAGUAUUUUAUCAUCAACUGUACCUUCAUCUCUUUCAACACCAACAUCCCCAACAACAACAACAACAACAACGACAACAACAUCCUCAUCAUCAUCAGUGUACCAAACCUUUUGGACUUGCAUUAAAUGUACUCUCAACAAUUCCGUUACUGAAAACUAUUGCACAGCCUGUGGUGGGUCAAAGGUGAACAGCACAAGUUCAAAAGCAUUUCAAACAUUGAAACACGAGGAAAGUUGGGUAUGUGUACGAUGUACACUUCGUAACUCUAACAAUCGUGAUAAAUGUAUGGUUUGUGAGACACGUCGACCAAUAGUUCAACAAAACAAUCAACCCUCACCCGAAAGAUCAACAGUUCAAAAUUCAACUCAUUCAAUUUCCCGUGAGACUCUUGGUCGUCGAACCAAAUGGGAAUGUUCAGCCUGUACAUACAUUAACCCUGUAUCACGAUACAGUUGCGAGAUGUGUCAACAGGCUCGAAGUGUUUUAACAAUAAGACCAGGGACAGUUUCUCGAUCUCGUUCAUCAACUUAUCGAUCGGUAAAUAAUACACUUUGUCGAGGAGAAAGUGAACUAAUGGAAGACUUGAGAAUGAUCGAAGAAGGCGAAGCUCGCGAUCGAUGGGAAAAUAUUGUUCGAUUUUGUAAACAAGGUGGUAUCAGUUUUGUCGAUGAUUCAUUUCCACCCUCACCUAAAUCACUUUAUUGUUCAUGGGAGGAUAAAGUUCAUUGUAAAACUGUUUCUCAAUGGUUACGAUUAAGUGAAAUUAAAUGUCACCCGAACAUGGACAACGUCAAGUGGGCUGUUUUUAGGACUCCGAUGGUCUCUGAUAUCUCACAAGGUGUUCUAGGUAAUUGUUGGCUUCUGAGUGCCUUAGCGGUUCUCGCUGAAAGACCAGAAUUAGUUAAACAAGUGAUGGUGACCCGAGAAAUUUGUCCUCAAGGAGCUUAUCAAGUGAGACUUUGUAAAGACGGAAAAUGGACUACAGUUUUGGUGGACGAUUUACUUCCUUGUGAUAAUAGUGGACGUUUGGUUUAUUCGCAGGCAAAACGGAAACAAUUAUGGGUCCCAUUGAUCGAGAAAGCGGUUGCAAAGAUUCACGGGUGUUACGAGGCACUUGUUUCUGGUCGGGCUAUCGAAGGUCUUUCAACGUUAACGGGUGCUCCUUGUGAGAGUAUCCCCUUACAAUUAGCAACCAAUGGCGGAUCAAACGAGGAAAGGAUUGAUGAAGAUCUAAUUUGGGCUAAAUUGUUAUCUUCCCGUUCUGCUGGUUUCCUUAUGGGUGCUUCUUGCGGAGGCGGUAAUAUGAUUGUCAAUGAUGUCGAUUAUCAUCGUAUUGGUCUGAGACCUCGACAUGCAUAUUCAGUUCUAGAUGUUCAAGAUUUUCAAGGUAUUCGACUGGUUAGACUUCGAAAUCCAUGGGGUCAUUUCUCAUGGAAAGGCGAUUGGUCCGAUGAAAGUAAUCUGUGGACGGAAGAAAUGAGGAUCAAAUUGAUGCCCCACGGAGCCGAUGAUGGACUUUUUUGGAUGUCUUAUAACGAUGUCCUUAAAUAUUUCGAUUCUAUCGAUGUUUGUAAAGUUCGAAAAGAUUGGAAUGAAAUUAGAAUUGAAGGAGUUCUACCUCCACUUGUGGAUAAGGAAAACAUGGAUCUAAUUAUAAUCACCGUUUUCGAAGCAACCGAAAUUGAAUUCAGUCUUUUCCAAGAGAAUCAACGAAACAACAAAAAAUCUCAACGGUCGCAAUUAGAUUUGUGUGUACUUAUAUUCAAAGCGGCACCGAACUCAUUCAGUCAUAUUGGUAGUAUUAUAAAGCACAGUCGUCGUCAGGUCAGAGGUUUUGUCGGCUGUCAAGCGAUGUUGGAGCCUGGUGUUUAUGCGGUUGUUUGCCUCGCAUUUAACCACUGGCACACAAUUUGUAAUUCUGCGGCCGAUUAUCCUAAAUUUUUACUUGCCAUCCAUAGUUCAAAGAAACUACUUGUGGAAACGAUUCCACCUCCAUCAUUCAUACUCGCUGAUGUAAUAAUUAAUUUAACUCUAUCUAAAGGUCAACGUCAUGAGGGGAGAGAGGGUAUGACAGCCUAUUAUUUAACGAAAGGUUGGGCUGGUUUAGUGGUCGUUGUUGAGAAUCGCCUUCCCGAUAAACGAAUUCAAGUCAUCUGUAAUUGCUGUGAAAGUUUAAAUGUCGUUUCAACUCGAGCCACUUUACGAACUGUGGACAGUAUUCCCCCCAGACACCGACAAGUGAUCACGAUAUUAACACAAUUGGAGGGUAUUGGUGGGUUCUCGAUCACCCAUCGUUUAACUCAUCGAGUGUCGCAAAAAUCAGGACUUCAUGAUUGGGGACCACCAGGAACUAAUCAUUUACCUCCAUUAGAACAAGAAAUAUUUGGUCUACAUGCACCAAGACCUAUUUAAAUUUUAAACACUACAUUCAAAUUAAUAAUCUUAUUAUUAAAUUCAUUUGUCACAACUUUUUUUCUUAAA